AGCAGUAAGACAUGCCGGGAUCUCGAAUCUGAUUGGAUAUAAAUAAAAUUAAGCAAAAAUCGGAACGGAAUGAGCAAUAACAACGUAAUCUGCACGAUCUGCUCGGAGCGGUAUCGCGCUGUGGACCACAUUCAAGCCGGUAGCUGUGGCCAUGCGUUCCACGAGGAGUGUCUGGACCGCUGGCGUUCGUUAUCACGCACUUGCCCCAUCUGUCGCUGCCAGAAUGCAACCUAUAUUCAACUCUAUCUGAACUUUGAGGAUUCGCCACAAAGCGGAUCUGUGCAUGGUGCCAGUGGAAGCGGGCAUAAUCAAGGCCAAGGUCAUAUCGGCAGUAGUUCCAGCAGCAGCACUGUCAGCAGUGACAACGGCAGUGGUGGCAGCAGCAACACCAGCAGCAGCACUAGCGACUAUGCCGGGAUUAUGAGAGAGUACGAAAAUCUAUUAUAUGAGACGGGCGUGUACCAAGAUGAGAUCGAAUAUCUUAACGAACGGAUUGGUAUACUCACUCUCCGCAAUUCCCGCGAUUCCCACGAGUCGGAUUCGGAGGAUCAGUAAAGAAGCACAUACACAUACGGAAAACAGUGAACUGUAAACACUUGAUUAUCGCCCUUUUCAUCAGAACAUUAGGGUAUAAUCGAUCCAAUCCGAACCUCAAAUUAUAUGAAGAAGAAAGCUGAGGCAAACAAAAGAGCCGAGGGAAAAAUGUAAACAAAAAAUAAGCGAUAAAGAGCCUGUCCCAUAAUAUUUGUAUAUUUGUCAAAUAUACGAUUUGAGAGUAAAACUAAGCAGAAGAAAAGAAAAGGUAUUUAUAGAUUUAAACAAAUAAAUUUAAGUAAACAAGCAAACAAAAUUUGGCAACUUCAUCACAGAAACUUAACACAAAAAAUUUAAAAUUAAGUUAAAAGACUUAGAAGAGACUUUAGCAUUAAACAAAUAACCAUUUCCAAAGACCGGUAAUUUCCCUAAAAUGUAGAGGCUAACCUCUCGCACAGUUUGCCAUUCGCAUCGAAUUAGGCGCAAAGUUUAAAAAUGUAGCCGAGUUGUAAACCACCCUGCAAGGAAAACAAAAUCAACUUACCUCAC